AACCAGUUCGAAGUUCUCAGCGUUAGUGACCACGAAGAAGAAGUAAACAAAUCUGCAUCAGAUCUGGAUCAAUCCUCUGCUAGACAUCAUAACACAGAUAUAUCAGCCAAACAUGGAGACAAGCCAAGGCAAAGCGGAGACAAACCAAACCAACGCCGAAGCGGGCAAAAUAGUCGAAAGAUCGAAAGACGCCAGCAAUCCAAAGGAAACAUACAAGAUCGUCAAUCAAAUUUGGACGAACGGAAAGAUAAAAGCGAACCCAAAGCGACAAAACAAAGGCAACCUAACAUUGUAAUCUUAGGGGAUUCAAUGUUAAAACAUUUGAAUCCCCGACGAAUUCAGCAAGGAAUUGACCAAAAGAUAUCAAUAAAAACCUUUCCUGGAGCUGGUGUUGACGAAAUGACCCACUAUGUUAAACCGACGCUCCAAAAGAAACCAAAGCAUAUUAUCCUGCACAUAGGUACUAAUGACCUGCAAACGAAAUCGCCAGAUGCGUUAAUUAAAGCUGUAACAAAACUUGGAGAGGCUAUAACGCAAGAAAUAAGUGGUAUUGAACUUACGCUGUCGGAAGUCAUCACAAGAACCGACGAUUUGCAACUUGCUGAUAAGGUAAACAUUUACAAUAAUAAAUUAGACAAUCUAUGUACUGAACGCAAUUGGGGAUUUAUUACACAUAAAAGUAUCACUAAGACUCAUUUAAAUAACUAUGGUUUGCACUUAAACCAAAGAGGAACAACUGCACUGGCAAGAAACAUAAAACAGUUUUUAAAAAAUCAAUCCUUAAAUUGA